AUGCUGGGGGAGGAGCAGGAAGCUCCUCCCGCUUCCCACAGCACCUCUGCCUCUUAAGACUGUCUCCAGCUCACAUGCAAUGGGAGAACUCUGCUCUCAGAGGGGCAGUGCUCAAAGACAAGGACACAUGGCAAAGAAGGUGGCAGUGAUCGGAGCCGGGGUCAGUGGCCUGGUCUCGCUGAAGUGCUGUGUGGACGAGGGGCUGGAGCCCACUUGCUUUGAGAGGACAGAAGACAUCGGAGGGCUGUGGAGGUUCAAGGAAAAUGUAGAAGAUGGCCGAGCAAGUAUCUACCGAUCCGUCAUCACCAACACCAGCAAGGAAAUGUCCUGUUUCAGUGACUUUCCUAUGCCUGAAGAUUUCCCAAACUUCCUACACAAUUCCAAACUUCUGGAAUAUUUCAGGAUUUUUGCCAAAAAGUUUGAUCUUCUAAAAUACAUCCAAUUCCAGACGACCGUCCUCCAUGUGAAAAGACGCCCAGAUUUCUCAUCCUCUGGCCAGUGGGAGGUUGUCACCCAGAGCGCCGGCAAAGAGCAGAGCGCCACUUUUGAUGCAGUCAUGGUUUGCAGUGGCCAUCACAUCCUGCCCCACAUGCCCCUGCAGUCCUUUCCAGGUAUCGAGAGGUUCCAAGGCCAGUAUUUCCAUAGCCGGCAAUACAAGCGCCCAGUUGGAUUUGAGGGCAAACGCAUCCUGGUGAUUGGAAUCGGAAACUCGGCCUCGGACAUUGCUGUUGAGCUGAGCAAGGAGGCUGCGCAGGUAUUUAUCAGCACCAGAAAAGGCUCCUGGGUCUUGAGCCGGAUCUCUGAAGAUGGUUAUCCUUGGGACUCUGUGUUCCACACUAGAUUCAGCUCCAUGCUCCGGAACGUUCUGCCACGGGCCAUUGUCAAAUGGAUGUUGGAGCAACAGAUGAAUCGGUGGUUUAACCACGAAAAUUAUGGUCUUCAGCCUGAAAACAAGUACCUCCUGAAGGAACCCAUCCUCAAUGAUGACCUCCCGAGCCGCAUACUCUACGGAGCUGUCAAGGUGAAACCCAGGGUGACGGGGCUCACCGAGACCGCUGCCAUUUUUGAGGAUGAGACGGUAGAAGAGGACAUCGAUGUCAUUGUCUUCGCCACAGGAUACACCUUCGCUUUCCCCUUCCUGGAAGAGUCCCUCGUCAAGGUGGAGGACAGCAGGGUCUCGCUGUAUAAACACAUGUUUCCCCCGCAGCUGGAGAAGGCCACCCUCGCGUGUAUGGGUCUCAUCCAGCCCCUGGGGUCCAUCUUCCCGACCGUUGAGCUGCAGGCACGCUGGGCGACACGCGUUUUCAAAGGCUUGUGCAGCUUGCCCACAGAGAAGGCCAUGAUGGAGGACAUCGUCACAAGGAAUGAAAGAAGAAUUGACCUGUUUGGAACCAGCCAGAGCCAGCUACUGCAGACCAAUUACGUCGACUACCUGGACGAGCUGGCCUCAGAGAUAGGUGCGAAGCCAGACUUGGUCUCCCUUUUCUUCCGAGACCCCAAGCUGGCGCUGAAACUCUAUUUCGGGCCCUGCAACUCCUACCAGUACCGCCUGACUGGGCCUGGGCAGUGGGAAGGAGCCAGGAGGGCCAUCCUCACCCAGAAGCAAAGGAUCCUGAAGCCCCUGAAGACCCGGUCUCUGAAGGCCUCACCCCCUCUCCCUGCCUCCCUCCUGCUGACCGUGAUGGGGCUUCUGGCCAUCCUCGCGGCCCUGUUUUUCCACAUUUAGUGGUUCUGAUCUGUGCCCAAGACCACACGGCAGGGCUUGAGAUGGAGCUCAAAUCACAGCCCAGGUUUGUGGCUCUAUCAUCUUGUCAGUCAGUGCCUCUUAAAGGAAACCAAGACUAGAAGGAAAUAUCAUCAUAUUCUAAAUGUUAGAGUCAGGAGGAACAAGUUAGUGGGGCAACUGUGGGGAAUUAGGAGAAUUGGGUCUAUACAUAAAACAAGAUCGUGGCAUGAAAUCUCUUUCCCAUUCCACCUUCUCCUCAAGUUCACCAGGCUCCAAAAAGUACCAUAAAAUACCACUGAUCCCCAGGAAGUUAGAGUCACGAGCCUUGGGGAGGAAAUGGUAGAAAUUACGCAAGCGGAAAGCAGCUCACUGGCUUAAAUAACUGAGAAACGUAAACUGUGGUCAACACUUACAGCUCCUGCACAGCGCCCUUGACCGUGUUCCUACGCGGGCUCUUUUUGGUACCAAAGUUCUCAGAUACUAGGUCGUGCUCAAAAACGCUGGAGGAAACAAUGAGAGGACAGACAGAAAAGCACCCGAUGCUCAGAGAGACCUUGAGCGUCAAAUGGAAAGCUAAACCAACAGCCCAUCACUUGCAUUUGACAGCAAAACUGCUGCAAAAAUGUUCAAAAAAGAACACACCAUGACAGCUAGCUAGAGUAUUUCCCACAGACCAGAAACUGUGCUGUGUGCACAGCUUAUGUAUUGCUUUAUUUAACUCUCACCACAAUUCAAGGUAGGAAUAGCUAUUCUACGCACUUACAGAUGAUAAAACUAAGACUCAGAGCAGUUAUAAAACCUGCCCAAGACCACACAGCUGGGCUUGAGAUGGAGCUCAAAUCGCAGCCCAGGUUUGUUGGACUUUCAACUGAAGUUCCUGUUCUCAGUUCAGAAUAUGUUUUUUUACAAAAAUAUGAUGAAGGACUUAUCAAUAUUUAAUGCUGUUUAUUAUACUAUCCAUGUUAGUUUGGGGGACCUCUUCAUGGGCAACAGUACUCUCCCCUUGCAGAUAUGAUCAGAUUAAUUUUAUUUACAAUGUUUAGUUUAUGUUUCAGGUAAAUCAAGAAAGCAUUCGAGUAUAUUUUAAAAGAACAAAUUUUUAAAAGGCAUCUAAAGGAAUUUACUGUAAAGGAUCCUAUGAAAAAGUAGGAAUCAGUGAAGAGAAGGAAAGGUGCAUCUCACAGGUGGAUGGAAAGCUUGGUGAUGGCUGAGCCUUGGGCCUGGCGCUGACCUCACAGGUCACCAAGACAACAUGCUGAAUGGCUCAGAACCCUUGGCACCCGAUAAGAGGAAGCCAUCCGUUAGUUUGGGGAGACAGACAUUUCCUUGGAACUGAAGCCAAAAGACACACAGUCAGUUCAGGGUUAAUGAACAUUGAGCAACAUGGCAAACAUUGAGCCAGGGAACCUUGGCUCUAGCGGCUCUUUCAUGAACUGCGCUUUGGCAGAUAAGCAGAGCCAUGAGCCCAGACCACGAGAGGGCAAAGGGCAGACGUGUUGAAGACUCGGGCAGAUCUCUUCUCUUUAUUUCUCCAGAACUUGGUGGACACUGUUCUUGAUUUUGGCCUGUGUUUCUCUCUGAAGGGCCUGCAACCACGUGAAGGGGCCUCCAUCAGCGGAAACUUUCCUUCACAUUCAUUGAAAUCACACCAGCAUUGACACCCAAUUUUUUUCAUGGCUCUCAUGAGCAAAUUCCUUUUUUUAAUCACAAAUGGUGUAUAUAUGUAGCUCUGGAUUAAAAACAGAUUCCUUUGCCGAUUAUUAAAGGCAAAUACGCCUUAAUAGCAAAGGUCAGCAACUGCCGCGCUGGGCCCCCCAGCCCACCACCUGGGUUGGCACGCGGUUUCACUGGUGCACGGCCCACCUAUUCAGUUAUUGUCUGUGGCUGCUUUGGGGCUUCAAUGGCAGAGUGGAGUCCUUGUGUAGAAAACGUGUGGCCCCAAAAAGCCUGAAACAUUUACCGUCUGACCCUCUCAGGAAAAGUCUCCAGCUCCUACCUUACAAUACGAAAGGCUUGGUCCCGACUGGCCUGCACACCUGGCCCCAUUCCUUCAUUUCCUCUGAAGUAGCCCUGGUCCUUACCCUGCUUCUACCGGGGAAGACACUGAAGGACACCUGCAAGGUGGAUGCUAAAUGAAAGAGGAAAAAUAGCUCCGUUAGGACAAAAGUAUGAUCAAAUAUAUAGGCUCUGAAAAUUUUAGAAAUCAUUUAAAUUUUUCCAGAUAUUCCAGUUAUCUUUUUAAACACAUGACUAGUUUUUCUUGCCUCUGAGGAAGGUCUACUCCACCCAUCUUCCUGCCUCCCUACAUCCUGAAUGUGUCAAACCACCUAGGGCAGUUCACUCCAAGCUCUGAUCCGCAGACCCCCUACUUUAGAAUACCUGGGAGCUCACAGCAGUGCAGGGUCCGAGUACAAAUGUCACAGUAACCCACAGUUGCCGAGUCCGAAUCCCUGCUGCAGUCGCAACAACAGGGGCUUUUCAGAGAUCAGUCCUUGGUAGUUUCCAUCUCCCAAGACCCAAUUCCUCCUGAGUUCAGCUCUGACGCUUCGUGCCACAGUUAACAGAGUUUGCUCUUCUCCUGGGAAAGAUGUUUCCACCUCCUCCAAAACCUCCUCUUGCAAGAGUUCUUUUCUAACCUUUCCUUUUCUAGCUCUCCUUCUCUGUAUGAUAGAUAACUCCUUGAUUUUCUCUAUCGAAAGCCAAACAUGUCACACUUGUUCUAUACAGAAAAAUGAAGACAUUUUUAAAAUAAACUACUAGGACCUUGAUAAGUAAUAAAAUUUCAAGCAAUAAUUUCAGAUAAUAAAGAUUUCAAAAGCUUAAGCCAGA